AUGUCUCAAUUCAGUCAUCUCUGCGAAGGCGAUAAAAUAACUCUCUUGAAGUCGGGCUGUCCUAAGAUUAUCAAUCUUUUAUCAGUCCUUAACUUUAAUUUUGAGGGCAAGUUCUGGACCGUACCCUUUGACAAUGAAAAUGCGGUACAACUUUCACUGGACUUGCUACUGGAAAGGGAUUUGUUUCCGACGGAAAUCCACUAUAAAUUCAUGCAAAAUAUUCAACAGGAAUGCAAUUCCGAUUUGAUCAUGCUUGAUUUGCUUUAA